AUGCCUGAGCACACACUCUCCCCCCGAGGCCUCCUGGCCCUCGGUCUGAGUGCGCUCCCUCUUGUCUCUGCCGCCUCCUGCCCGUAUAUCCGUGGCAAUCCAGCUCCCGCCAACGGUGGUGCUGCUGCCCGCCGAGCUCUUCAUCCUGAGGCUAUCCUCGAGCCUCGGGCUACAUCCGACGAAACCGACUUCGGUCGCUGCCCUAGAAAAAGCAAGCUCGCCGGGGGUGGCACCCGGAGCAAGGAUUGGUGGCCCUGCCAACUGAGCCUUGCGGUGCUACGUCAGAACGCUGACAAAGUUAAUCCUUUUGAUGAUGAUUUUGAUUAUGCUACUGAGUUUGCCAAACUGGAUGUGGAGCAACUGAAGAAGGAUUUCGCUGAGCUUCAAAAGAACUCACAGGACUGGUGGCCUGCUGACUUCGGUGAUUAUGGCCCGUUCUUCAUCCGCAUGUCAUGGCACAGCGCCGGCACCUACCGCCAUUUCGAUGGCCGAGGAGGUGGUGGUCAGGGCCAGCAGCGGUUUGCUCCCCUGAACAGCUGGCCGGAUAAUGCGAGUCUGGACAAGGCCCGCCGACUGCUCUGGCCCAUCAAGCAAAAGUAUGGCAAGGCUCUUUCUUGGGCUGAUCUGCUCGUCUUCGCGGGCAACGAGGCUCUGAAGAACAUGGGCUUCCCCAUCCAUGGCUUCGCCUUUGGCCGCGUUGAUACCUGGCAGUCUGACGAGGGCGUCUACUGGGGUUCCGAGGAGGAGUUCUUCUCCAAGAAUGCCAGCGACUACGACCGUUACGACGGCAGCACUGAUAUCUACGAGCGCGCUGACAAGCUCGAGGAGCCUCUUGCUGAUACCAACAUGGGCUUGAUCUACGUUGAUCCCCGUGGACCCCAUGGCACUCCCGACCCCAAGGCCUCUGCACUUGACAUCCGCGUGACCUUUGGUCGUAUGGGUAUGAACGACGAGGAGACCGUUGCUCUCAUCGCCGGUGGCCACGCCUUUGGCAAGACUCAUGGCGCCGUCAAGGGUGACCAGAUUGGCCCUGAGCCCAACGGCGCGGGCAUUGAGCACCAAGAGCUUGGAUGGAUCAAUGGACGCAACUCUGGCGUUGGCACUGACGCGUACACCAGUGGACUUGAGGUUAUCUGGUCUGAAACGCCUACAAAGUGGGCCAACGAGUUCCUCCACUCACUUCAUACCAACGAAUGGACCCUUGUCGAGAGCCCUGAUGGUGCUCCUCAGUGGGAGGCGCUCAGCGCCAAUGCGACCUACCCAGACGCCUUCAUCGAGGGCAAGUUCCACAGGCCUACUAUGCUGACGAGUGAUCUUGCCCUCAUCAAGGACGACAUCUACUUCAACAUCUCCAAGACUUUCCUCGAUGACUUCGACCUGUUGACUGAGAAGUUUGCCCUUGCUUGGUACAAGCUUCUCCACCGUGACAUGGGCCCUGCUUCACGCUACCUCGGCCCUGAUGUCCCCAAGGAUGUCCAGCUCUGGCAAGAUCCCCUGCCAACUGUGACCUACCAAAAGAUUGACGACAGUGACGUCGCCAGUCUCAAGUCGGAGAUCCUUGCCUCUUCAAACCUCAACGUGUCCAGCCUCAUCACUACCGCUUGGGGCUCGGCCGCCAGCUUCCGUAUCUCUGACAAGCGUGGUGGCGCGAAUGGCGCCCGCAUUGCCCUUGAGCCACAGCGCUCCUGGAAGGCGAACAACCCUGCCCGUCUCGAGAUUGUCCUCGGUGCUCUUAACGAAAUCAAGGACAAGUUCAACUCCGCCAACAAGGAGAAGCAAGUGUCUCUGGCCGACUUGAUCAUCCUGGGCGGAAAUGCCGCUGUGGAGAAGGCUGCCAAGGAUGCCGGCAUCGAGAUCACCGUUCCCUUCACUGCCGGCCGCGUCGAUACGACUCAGGAGCUCACCGACGUCACCACCUUUGCCUACUUGGAGGACAAAGCCGACGGCUUCCGCAACUACGGCGUGGGCAACACCCGCUCCAACACCGAGGAGAUCCUCGUCGACAAGGCCAACCUGCUCAACCUCAGUCCCCCCGAGCUGACCGUCCUGGUCGGCGGCCUGCGCGCCCUCAGCGCCAACUACGACGGCUCGAGCCACGGCAUCUUCACCGACCGCCCCGGCACGCUGACCAACGACUUCUUCGUCAACCUGCUCGACAUGCGCACCGUCUGGACCCCCAUCGCCGACAGCAACGACGAGUACUUUGAGGGCAAGGACCGCUCGGGCGGCAGCGUCAAGUACACCGCCACCCGCUCGGACCUCAUCUUCGGCUCGCACCCUGAGCUGCGCGCCGUGGCCGAGGUGUACGCCGCCGGCGACGCGCAGGAGAAGUUCGUCAAGGACUUUGUCAAGGCCUGGGCUAAGGUCUCGGAGCUGGACCGCUAUGACAUCAAGGGCCGCAAGCAGAACAAUGUACACUAA